GACUAACAGAAAAUUAAAUCUCUCCACAGGUCUUCUAGAGUGCACUAAAGCAGAAGAUAACAUAAGAUUUUUAUCUUACCAUGAAAGUGCUACCUGAAGGACAGUUAAGGCUUUGUUUUGUUCAACCAGUACAUCUCACUUUAUGGCUCCUUAUAUUUUUUAUUCUAAAGUCUAUCUCUUGUCUAAAACCUGCUCGACUUCCAAUUUAUCAAAGGAAACCUUUUAUAGCUGCUUGGAAUGCUCCAACAGAUCAGUGUUUGAUAAAAUAUAAUUUAAGACUAAAUUUGAAAAUGUUUCCUGUGAUUGGAAGCCCACUGGCCAAGGCCAGGGGGCAAAAUGUCACUAUAUUUUAUGUCAACAGAUUGGGAUACUAUCCAUGGUAUACAUCACAAGGGGUCCCCAUUAAUGGAGGUCUCCCACAGAACAUAAGUUUACAAGUACAUCUGGAAAAAGCUGACCAAGAUAUUAAUUAUUACAUCCCUGAUGAAGAUUUCAGUGGACUUGCUGUUAUAGAUUGGGAAUAUUGGCGACCACAGUGGGCCCGGAACUGGAAUGCAAAAGACGUCUACAGAAAGAAGUCAAGAAAGCUUAUUACCGAUAUGGGAAAGAAUGUAUCAGCUACGGAUAUUGAAUAUUUAGCUAAAGUGACCUUUGAAGAAAGCGCAAAAGCUUUCAUGAAGGAAACCAUCAAAUUGGGAAUUAAGAGUCGACCCAAAGGUCUUUGGGGUUAUUAUUUAUAUCCUGAUUGUCACAAUUAUAAUGUUUAUGCCCCAAACUAUACUGGGUCAUGCCCAGAAGAGGAAGUCUUGAGGAACAAUGAGCUCUCUUGGCUCUGGAACAGCAGUGCUGCUUUAUAUCCUUCUAUCGGUGUCUGGAAAUCCCUUGGAGACAGUGAAAACAUUUUGCGCUUCUCCCAAUUUCGGGUACAUGAAUCCAUGAGGAUCUCCACCAUGACAUCUCAUGAUUAUGCUCUGCCUGUAUUUGUCUACACAAGGCUAGGGUACAGAGAUGAACCUUUAUUUUUUCUUUCUAAGCAAGAUCUAGUCAGCACCAUAGGAGAAAGUGCUGCCUUGGGAGCUGCAGGCAUUGUUAUUUGGGGAGACAUGAAUUUAACUUCAUCCAAGGCCAACUGUACAAAGGUGAAGCAGUUUGUGAGUUCUGAUUUAGGGAGCUACCUAGCCAAUGUGACCAGAGCUGCUGAGGUAUGCAGCUUUCACCUCUGCAGGAACAAUGGGAGGUGCAUAAGGAAGAUGUGGAACUCACCCACUUACCUUCACUUGAACCCCGCAAGUUACCACAUAGAGGCCUCUGAGGAUGGAGAAUUUACUGUGAAAGGAAGAGCAUCUGAUACAGACCUGGCAGUGAUGGCAGAUACAUUUUCCUGUCAUUGUUAUCAGGGAUAUGAAGGAGCUGAUUGCAGAGAAGUAAAGACGGCUGAUGGCUGUUCUGGGGUUUCCCCUUUUCCUGGUUCACUAAUAACACUUUGUCUACUGCUUUUAGCAAGUUAUCGAAGCAUUCAUUUGUGAGAUAAUUGAGUUUAAAGGGAAUUGUGUGGUCUCUAGCGUAGUCAUUUAAAGAAGGAUGUAACUUAUGACAAUUUUUUUCUCUUAUGAAUUCUACUGAGAGGUAUUAUAAGUAGACAUAUGUAUGUCACUUAACAUAAACAGAAAGAUAUUAUUUUAUUUGCCUCCAAUCUGGCUAGGAAAUCAGAUCUAGAGUAAAGUCAAUGUACACUUCCUCUUUAUUGGAAUAUUUAAGUUGCAUUUAAACUAAAACUAGUAUAAUUUAGUCUUUACAUGAAUGUACAUACAUAAAAUUAUACAUAAAAUUUUAAAUUAUUCAUUUCAAAGACUUUUUUUUUCAAGUUGGCAAUUUAUUUAAGGACACAUUACUAAGUAAUCAUCUGAUUUAACAGAAGGGGUCACCUGGUCAACUGGUCCAUUGAAGAGGACUAACUGCAGUUUCUAUUCUAGCCUCGGGUUCACACUAGGUUUCUAUUUCCCACCUGGACUCAUUGAGUGCAGAACCAUUCCUGGCAUGGCUUCUCAUGAGGGGCCAGAGACUGAGGUAAGGGGGAGUCAUUCCCAACCUACCAAGCACCAAUUCUAAGAUGGCACUUUGCGUCCUUCCUUCACAGACCCUGGCAGUCUGAAUACUGUGAAGGCUUUGGGAUAAUAUUCAUGUUGACCUACGCUGACACUGCUGUAGAUCUGGAAGCUGGAGCCAUAUUAGUAAAAAUGCAGUUGGUGACUUUUGCAAGCAAAAAUCAUUAUGUAGAAAGAGUGACAUUUAAGGGGCCCAGAAGUGCUAUUGAAAAAGAGGUCUAUGCGAAAUAUUAGAUAUUUUUGCUUUCCCCUUCCCAUAUAUGACUUUUGAAUAGGGAAUUUAGAGUCAUUUUGCAUCUAAUUUGAAUCAUGGUUUCACUACGUAUCUGAUUGUGUGACAUUGGGAAAGUUACCUACAGUCACUGUUUUGUUAUCUGAAAAUCAGUACUAUAACUCCUACCUCGAUUAAUUAUUCUGAGGAGUAAAUGGAAUAACAUACCCCUUGCAUACUUGGACUCUGCUGUUGAUCCUCAACUGACUUUAUUUUAUUUUAUUUUUUUGUAGUGAUGUGGUCUUGUUUUGUUAUUCAGGCCGGUCUCGGACUUCUAGGCUCAAGAGAUCCUCUUGCUCAGCCUCCCAAAGUUCUGGGAUUGUAGGUGUGAGCCACUGCACCCAGCCUCAACCAACUCUUGACUACCAAAGUAACAGAAAAGUGCAGGAUAAAACGGAGUCUUGGGCAAUUUUCACUUCUUGAUGCUAUGUUCUGUUUAAAAUCACUUAUACACAUUAUGUUGUUCUCUUGAGAGUCAUGUUUAAUUGAUAGGACUUCCUUCUUCUGGAGACAAUCUACUUGAAAGGUAAACUCAAAAUAAACAUGACGCUGCUGUAGAAGGAAUUAUAGUUGAUUCAACCUCCUUCUUCACCUCUGUUUUUCUGUGAAACAUUUGAAAUCCAGGUGCGUUCUUUUCAACUCUGAGUCUCUGCUCAGACCUCAGUAGGUUUUCAACAAGUAUCGUUAAAUGAAGGAAUUAAUGAGUGAUUCAGAAACCUGAAUUGGUAGAACCUAUAAAUAUGUUGUAAUUUUUUUUAACUCUGCACAUCAAUAGUGAGUUAUUAUAAAGUUCUCCUCAAGCAUUACUGUUCUAUUUUUAUCCUAACAGAUUAGCUUGUACAAUCAUAUAUCCUCAUUCCCCUGUGAAGAAUUGAGACCUGAAGAGAAUAAAUCUCUUGACAAAUUCAAAUGGCGAGUUUGUAAAAGAGCCCAGUUUGUAAUCCCAGUUGCUGAGUUUUCUUUCUAUCAUAACUUUGUCUUCCUCUUCUUGUAAUUGAAUCCAAAUAUACGUGUUCUAAUUUUAAGCAUAAAUUUAAUGCAUUUAAGCAUUUUUCUUAAUUUGGUCUGCUACUACUGGUUACGUUCAAUCAUUUCUCACAUUUUGCAGCUGUAGAUUACCUGUGUAUUUAAUUUGGCUCACUGCUCCUGGAUAGGAAAUCUACCUCCUACUCUGCUUGAUGACCUCGGCUUCUUGGGAUCAUUGUAAAUUUCCUUUAUAGAAACAGCAAGAUACCAGUCACUCUAAUCUUUGGUGCUCUCCUUUAUAAGAGGGAGAUAAUUAAUAAUAAUAAUUAAAAAAAAUUUUUGUCCUUUUAUACAGAUUUAAUGAUAUAAACUAGGUAACAUAGCACAAAGGCUGGCACAUAAAACAUUCUAGGAAAUGUUAGCUGUUAUUAUGAAGUACUUUCAAUAAUGGUUCUCAUUAAAGCUGUGAUAGGUAAUAUUUCUAUUUUGAAGUACAAGAAAUUAUGUAUGACUCAGAAUAGUGAAAUGACUUACUUAAUAUCACACAGAAGUUCCCAGGAUUUAAACCUUUACUUUUGAAACCUCAACUAGUAUUCUUUCCAUCAGAUCUCAGCAGAAACUAUAGAAGACUUAUUUGUACUUUUUAAAAACCAAUUUACAGAGAAAUAUAAUUCACAAGUAUAGUGAUUCUGGUAUCAGGCAGUCAGUGCUUUUUUUGACCCUGUGGAAGAAAAACUGUUAAAUUAACUUGUCUAGUAGCAAUGCACCCAUCUGACAUACUCUAAGUGUCUAAAUUUUAUUUAUUCAUAAAGAAACCAGAGCCUCUUAGGAAAAUGUCUGAUUCCAGGCCUAUCUAAGACAGAAAUUGCUCAAGAUGAGUCUGGAAUCUCUUGUUAUAACAUAAACCAAAGAAGCUAUCAAGGAUUACUAGGAUUGUAUCAAAAGCACCCUUGAGUCAACUUAAACAGCCUCCCACUGUCAAACAUGUGAAAUUUGAAAAUCACUGAAGAAAUACUAACUGCAACGGGUUGAAAUACAUCAGAUAUAUUUAAAUCCAUGAAGUCAAAAUGAUACUAAAAAAACCCCAAAAUUUUUCAUUGUCCUCUUUUGAAUAACUCAUUACUCUGAAAACUGAUAAUCAAUCAUUUAUUCUGCAUUUCCUACAUAAUCUAUACCUGAGCAUAACCAAAUAGUGAAAGAGAGUAAAUUUCUUUUUAUUCAAGCCAAUAAAUGGGGAAAGUAUGAUGUAAUUAGAAUAGAACAAUUUUGUAACUUCUAAUUAAUGGAUAGAGGCAUUGAUCCUCAAUAGUUGCUAAAAUCACAAAAAAGAGUCAACCAGACAAUUAUAUACCACCUAGUUGAAGUAUGAAACAUUAACUAAGAAUAAUCCUUUCAGAAAUCAAGCUGAAAUUUGAUCAGACCUUUAAAAUAUAGCUACUUCCAACGUUUUCAGUAUGGUUUGGGAAAAAAAAAAUCUAUCUACUAACUCAAGAAACAUAAAGAAUAAGGGAAAAUGCUAAACAAGAAGUUAGAGAUGACAUCAUCAAAAUUUAGAUCCUAGGGAAUUCCACAGGACAAACAACUUGAAUUUAUCAACAAAUAGGAAAAAAAAUGGAGAAGGAAUCCAUAUGUAUAUCAACAUGGAGCUUGCUAAAUUAUAGUACAUCUGCAUAUUGGGGUAGUAUUCAAUUUUACAAAGAAAUGAGGAAUAACAUCUAUAUGCUGAUCUCAAAAGAUGUCUAAAAAUUAUCUUGUUUAGACUUUAUUUUGACUGCCUUCUAAUCAUAUUGAGAAAAACUCAUGAUCUCAGAUAUUAGGAAUGUAUUUUUGGUCACAAUUUAGAAAGACUUCCUGGAGAUAGCUAAACUAAAGUUUCUUAAGCAUGUACUGGGCCUGAAAUUCUAAGGAUCUUAUGAAUGUACUGAGUUUGAAAUUCUAUAACAGAUAAAAAGCCAUAAAUGAUUCAAGGAAAUGAUAAUUUCAUCAAGUAAAGGAAACUAGGAAAAGCCAUUUGAAGCCACACACAACAAAUAUAAAAUAAUAUAUGGUGCUGUCAUUGUUUUUGAGAUUUUGCUUAUUCUAAACCUUG